AUCCCGUAGCCGCAUCUCCCGCCAGUGCGGAGCCCAGAUCGAGGGACCGAAGACGCACGACAUGGCACUUUCUCCUAUGUACUGUAGGUUGUGUUGUUGGUUGGGCCGCUCAAACGGGGGGGGGGGCGUUGCUGAUGCUUGUCCUUCUGGACCUGCUCCAAAUGGCGGCACAGGCAUCGAUCCCGUCAUGUCAUGUAUGGAACCUCGUCUGUGGCUGAUGCUGACCAGAUGUAAUCCCGUAGAGGCACCCCAGCCUAUCCACGGAAUGUAAGUCGGGUUACAGCGGGUUCGGUGCGUCAGGGUCCUUUGCGGCCGGGCGAUCGCUGGGUAUCCCGCGUGUAAAGAGAGAGAGGGGGGGGCGAGGCCACGGGAGGA